AUGAGUAAGCCAACACUCGUUUUCUCCCUUGGUGCAUGGGUAAUUCCGGCCGUCUAUGAUGCCACCCGCUCCCGCCUAGAUGAUCUCGGUUAUCCUUCCGAGUGCCCGGCGCACCCUUCUAUUGGCGCUGAGCCCCCUUCUAAGACAUUGUCGGACGAUGUCACAUCUUUCCGUGAUGUGUUGAUAAAGCUCGCAGACGAGGGUCGUGAUCUUGUUGUUGUGGGUCAUUCUUACGGUGGCGUUGUGACUUCCUGCGCUGUCGAUGGGUUGAGCAAACAAGAUCGGGCAAAAGAGGGUAAAUUAGGGGGAGUGAUCAAGGUUAUAUACCUGGCUGCAUUUGCCUUGGACAAUGGUCAAAGCUUGUUGGGUAUGCUAGGCGGACAGUUUUUGCCUUGGAUGAAGGUUGAGGGUGACUAUGUCCUUGCCGACGGUGCUGGAGAUAUUGGCUGGCAUGAUAUUCCCCUUGAAAACCAGGAAAAGUGGAACUCGCUGGCACAGCACACUUCCCGUGCAGUCUUUUCGGGAGAGGCAACAUAUGAACCUUGGCAUGACAUUCCCUGCGCCUAUAUAGUGUGCGAGGAAGAUCGUGCCUUGCCUCCCCCGUUCCAAGAGCUUUUUGCGUCGAAGAUGGGUGGCCCUAAGAAUAUUUAUCGCCUCCCGAGCUCCCAUUCGCCAUUUUUGAGCAUGCCGAAUCGCCUAGCGGAGGUUUUGCAGCAGGCGGUGGAGGUGUAG